GUAAUUUGUUUGACGCAGCGAAAUCAUUGAAUUUGCUUUUAUAAUUUUGACCGCGCCAGGGAUUGGACCGAGCCGCAAAGCACAGCGGCAGUAGGCGUUUCCCUGGGCAUUUCCCGCUGCCGCAUACACGCUAUGCUAAUGCUGUGAAGCCUAUAAUGUACAUGUUAUAAGUACGCUCAAUAAUUGGAAUGGCGACGACGAGGGGCUGCCGUGGGCGGGCAGCGGCAGGCGGCGUGGGUUUGUGGCCAGAGGGAGGGCGGCGCUCGCAGCUGCGGCUGUCGCCAUGCCCCACGGUCCGGACCCUCCACGCUGCCACCUUCCGCUCCACCUCAACGCCCAGCAGCACCCUCCACCGCGGAAGGACGGUGCUGGCGGCGCCUGCGGCUGCGGCUAGCAAUGAUCCCGGCGGCGGGUCUGCCGCGCCCGCGGGCCCACCGCCGCCGCCUCCAUCGUCGGGUGCCGUGCCGCCAGUGGGCUCACCCGAGUACCAUCAGUACAUGAGGCAGCAGCUGGCGGAGCAGCGGCGGGCCAUGCAGGCGAAGCAGGCGGCGGCCCGGGGAGCAGGGCCAGCUGCGCCAACGGGGCUGACGGCAGCAACGGCCCAGCCGCCGCCGCCGCCGGCCGCUGUAGCACGCGUUGCUCAGCCGUUGUCGCCACAGCCGCCGCCGCCGCCGCCUCCGGCGCAGCAGCAGCAGCAGCAGCAGCAGCAGCAGCAGCAGCAGCAGCAGCAGCAGCAGCAGCAGUCGGGGGGGCCACCCGCUGGGUACCGGCCAGCAGUGGAUGGCCCUCCGCCGUCCCCGCCGCUGUACCCGCCGCAGGGCUUGCCGCCCCCUUACCACCCGCCACCAGGCCCUUACGGCCCCGGCCCUCCAGGUGGGGGUCCCAAGGCAGGCGGGAUGCCGGGGCCCCCGCCUGGCGUUUACUACCCGCAAGGCGCCCCGGGUCAGCCUCCCCUGCCACCGCACCCCGGCUCGGCACCGCCUGGAGUGAUGCCUGGGCCGGGACUUGCUGCGGGCCCUCCCGGGGCAGUGGCAGGGCCGGGGCAGUGGCCGGUAUACCCUAGCGGUGUUCCGCCGCCGCCAUCGCUUGGCCAGAUGCCACCGCCGCCAGGGGUGUUUCCGCCGCCUGGGGCGUUUCCGCCGCCUGGGGCGUAUCCGCUGCCGGGCCCCCAGUACCGUGCCGGCGCGCCGCCACCAACACCAGCAUACGCCGUGUUCUCGGCGCCAGGGCGGGGGCCCACCGGUCCGCCGCCACCGCCGCCGCCGCCGGGCAUGCCGCCUCCCUCACACCGGCCUACCUCCACUCCGCCCGGGACGGCGCCAGCAGUGGGAGGGGCCGCUGGGGGGGUGCACCUCGCGCCAUCGACACCCAUGCCUGGAGCGGCGGCAGCGCCGCCGCCGCCUGCUGCACCUCGGCGAGUACGACAGCCGCCAACCGGGCCCAAGCUUCCAGACCUGCUGCCUGGCCUAAACAAGCUCAAGGGCCGCGGCAAACCCGGCGGCCGCUCAGCUUCAGCGCCUGGCGUGAUGGUGGGAAGCACACGGGCGGGCGCGGACGGAGGCGGUGGCGGCGGCGGCGCGGCGGUGACUGUGGGCAGCACGCGCACGGCACGUGCCGACUUCGCCGACCCGGCAGAGCUGCAGCUGGGCGCCCGCAUCGGCGGCAGGCCGGCGUACGGCAAUCCGCAGUACGGCAACACCAACCGGUACGGCAACCCGCAGUACGGCAGCCCACCGGGUGCUGCAGGUGCUGGUGGCGGGCCCAUGCUGGCGAGUGGCAUACCCGCCCCCCGGCCGCCUGCCGCCCCAGCCGCUGGCGCCACUGCAAUCGUCAACUCACGCGGUUCCAGUCCGCUCAUGACGGCGCCUGGGCUUGGUGGGCCAUUGCCACAGGCCCCGCAGCCGGCGGCAAUGCCCCUAUCAAUGACAUCACCAACCGCAGAAACUCCAGGGACCGCAUCGCCCGCCGCCUCCCCAGCCGAUUCUCCAACUGCUUCGGCAACCUCGUCCAUGGAUGGAGCAGACAACAGCACCGGAGCUGCUGCAGGCAAGAAGCAGAAGAAGGACAAGGAGGCGCCGGUCCGGCGUGUGGGCUGGCUUACCACCUUCCUGGGCGCCGGAGCGAGCGGCGGCGUGGCGGCUGGGGCGGCUGGUGUGGCGGCGGCGGUGCCGGCUGUGGCGGCGUCCACACCUGCCAAGGCGCCGCCGGUGGACUUCGGGGCCCUGGCGGCGGAGAUGGUGGCGCGGGCGACGUCUCGGUCAGCACGGGACCUGCACGAGUCCGUGACGGACCUGCCGGCGCCCAUUCCGGAGCUGCAGGCGCGUCUGGAGGCCGCGGUUCAGGCGGAGCAGGAGAGUGAGGUGGCGGCGCUGCGGGCGCUGUACGCCGGCGGCAGCCUGCGGCGGCUGCAGCGCGAGGGCGUCGUGCUAGUGGGGCUGGCGGCGGCGGAGUCGGGCCGCCUCUACCGCAGCACGCUGUGGCGAUUUGGGCUGCCGCCACGCAGUGGCAGCGGCGCUGGAGGUGGAGGUGGAGGCGGCGGUGGCGGCGGCGGGUCGUUGCCGUACCACAAGUUUCGGCCCGGCGCCAGUGUCAUUGUGACGCGUCACACGCCGGAGCAGGAGGGCGGCGGCGGCGGCAGGGGCGGCAAGGGCGGCGGAGGCGGAGGCGGCGGGAAGGGCGCCGCGGGUGGCGUGGAGGCGGUGGCGGUGGACGCGGACACGGGCGUGCCGGGCGAGGGCGUGGAGGGCGUGGUGGUGGAGGCUCACAAGGACCACUUGAUAGUGGCGCUGGAGGCCCGGGCGCACGAGACCUUCCGGUCAAUGGUGGACACGGCAGCUGGCAUGUCGGGCGCAGCAAAGAAGAAAGGCGGCGGCAGUAGCAGUGGUGGCAGCAGUGGCAGCAGUGGCAGUAGCAGUGGCUUCCAUGGCUGGCGCCUGGACCAGUCGGUGCGGGACACCACCACGCGCCGCCACCUGCAGGCCAUACAGAGGCUGGGCACCUGGACCGAGGCAUCGGAGGCGCUACGCGGUGGCGAGGCACGGGUGCGGGCGGUGCUGGCGGGCUCGCGCUCGGCGGCGCUGCUCGCGGAUGAGCCGCCUGACUGGGUCAAGGAGGGCCGCUGGCGUGAGGACGCACGUGCCCUGCUGGCAGCGCAGCCGGGCCUGAACGACUCGCAGCGGCGGGCGGUGGCGGCGGCACUGACGCGCACCGUCACGCUGUGGCAGGGGCCGCCCGGCACCGGCAAGACGCGUACGCUACUGGCGCUCGUUGAGGUGCUUAUCAAGGUACGAGCCCAGGGCUCUGAGCUGUCGUCUCUGGCGGCGGCCGCGGCCGGUGCGGCCGCUCCUGGCCGCGGCGGCCGGCGUGCCGCCGCCAAGCACGUGAUGGAGACGGGCGGUCGGAGCGGCGCUAUGGGUCCGCUGCUGGCGGUGGCGGACACCAACGCCGCGGUGGACAACAUUGUUGGGGGGCUGGUGGCGCGCGGCGUGCGCUGUGUGCGCCUGGGGCCUGCAGCCAAGGCGCGGGAGUCGCUGCGCCACUUCAGUCUGGAGGCGCAGGCGGAGGCCACGCCGGCGGGGCGCAAGGCCGCGGCGCUGCGUGCGGCGGCUGUUGCCAAGCAAGAGCAGCUGCGCGAGCUCCAACAAGCUCGGGCGCGAGGCGGCAGGGACGCGGAGGCAAGCUCUGCCGCAGUGACGGCAGCCAUGCAGGCCGAUGAGGCGCGGCGGGAUCUGGAGAAGGCCGAGGGCGCGCUGCGCGAGGCCGCUGCCGCCGUGGUGGCGGGUGCCGAGGUGGUUGUGUGCACAUGCACUUCCGCAGGCGACUCUCUCCUCGAGGGCCGCCCCUGGCGCUGUGUGGUGGUGGACGAGGCCAGCCAGGCCACGGAGCCCAGUGUGCUGGUGGCGCUCACGCGCGGCGCCGCCUUCGUGGUCAUGGCCGGCGACCCGCGCCAGCUGCCGCCCACGGUGCUGUCGGACCAGGCGCUGGAGGCCGGGCUGGGGGUCACGCUGUUCGAGCGGGUGGCCAGCGGAGGCGUGGCGCCGCUGUUGUUGGACACGCAGUACCGCAUGCACCCGCUCAUCAGCGCCUUUCCCUCCGCCUACUUCUACGGCGGCAAGCUGAGGGACGGCGUGGCGGCGGCGGACAAGCCCGUACCCAGGGGCUUUGCCUGGCCCAAGCCCGGCGUGCCGCUUGCCCUGGUGGAGGUGCGGGGCGGGCAGGAGGAGACGUCGGGGGACGUCUCCGAGGCCGCCGCCACUGCGGCCGCCGCCGCCGCCACCUCGGCCUCUGUGCUACAGCCCAAGGGGCCGGCUGCUGCAGCCGCGGCCGCCGCGAAGGCCCAGGCCGCGGCCUCCGGGCCGCCCAAGUCUGGUGACCGCUCCUCUUACCGCAACCCGGCUGAGGCGCUGGCGGCUCUGGCAGUGACUCAGAAGCUGCUGGCAGGCGGCGACAUCAGCAGUGCAGCCAUCCUCACGCCCUACCGCGGUCAGGUGCGGCUGGUGGAGGCACUGCUGCGCCAGCGCGGCCUGGACGCGGCGUGGGCGGCUGCGGGCCGCGAGGUGGCGGUGUCCACGGUGGACGGCUACCAGGGCCGCGAGGCAGACGUGGUGGUGUUCAGCGCUGUCAGGGCCAACGAGCGGGGCGCCGUGGGCUUCUUAUCCGACCCCCGCCGCAUGAACGUGGCCAUCACCCGCCCCCGCCGCGGUCUGGUGGUGCUGGCGGACGGGCCCACCCUCAGCCGCGGCAGCCGCGACUGGGCCACGUACAUCAAGUGGGCGCGACAGCAGGGCAUUGUGACGGAUGACGGCUCCGUGCUGGGCGACCUGGAGGCCGUGCUGCGUGGCGAUGGGGCGGCAGGGGUAGCCCUCAGCAACACCAGCAACACCAGCAACCAGCAGGGCCCUGCGACGGCAACAGCACAGCCCUCCAGCAGCCUCCGCGAGCAGAGACUGCAGGCGGUGGGCGCGGCCGCUGCAGCCAGCUCCACAACGCCUGCAGCCACGCAGGCCGAGGACAGCGAGGAGGCGGCUGGGGCGGCGGCAAAGCUCAAGCCGCGGAAGCGGGCCGCCGCAGCCAGAGCCCUGCCGGCGGCGGCCGCCGCCAUUGCCGCCAAGGCCCGGGCAGCGGCCCUAGCUGCACUGGAGAGCUCAGAGCUUGAAGAGGAGGAGGCCGUGGAUGCGGUUGGGCGCACGGGUGCGAGCGUGCCGAGCGCUGGGCCGUCCACUGCGAUGGUGAGUGGCGGCGGGCCAGAAGGCACCACUGCAACAGCUGCCGGCGCUGCCACGGAAACUGACGCUGACGCUGCAACCGCCGCCAUUGGCGCCAAGACGCGGGCAGCCACGUCACCGCGGGCGACCCGCACCCGCAGCCGCACACGUGCCACGACGACGGAGCCGCCAGUCGCACCUGCUGUGGAUGCCGCCGCUGCUGCCAACAACGACGACGGCGCCGACGGAUCGAAGCCUGAGCCUGAGCCAGGGCCUGCGCCUGUCAGGAAGGGCCGCGCCACUGCAACGCGGCGCCGGAAGACAGUGGCAGCGUCUGAGGCUCCUGAAGCCGCCGGGAUCGGGGCAGCCGGGGCACAGCUCGCUGAGGGAGGCCAGGCGGUGGCGGCUGGGGUGGCGGCGCUGCAGGGCCCGCUGGCUGGCGAGGCGGCGGCAGGCCAGCAGGCGGCUGCGCCUGAAGGGGCGAUUGAGGCCGCGGCCGCGGCACCCAAACGAAUGCGGCGUCGCACCACCACUAGCAGAGCCACCCAGGACCAGUAGGGACGGGCCUACCGAGAUUAUUUGCACUCGGGGUUUGCGCUGAAGGCCCCGAGCGAAGUGAUUCAGCGGGGGCGAAGCCCCCCAGGAACACCCCUGUCUGUGCGUGCGUGCGCGUGCGUUCGUUCAUUCAUUUGUCGGCACCAAACUCAAUACUGGCGCAAACCGCGGGCCACGCGUAAACCGCGGGGUACGCGCCAUGCGGUAUUUUGUCAUGCAUUGCGAAUGCUGUGCAUCCGUGCGGAACCGGAGCGAAGUAGGAGCUUACGAAUGGACGCGACGGUAAGAGGUCGAGAGCAGGAGCAACGCGGGUAGAAAUGCUGAGAGAGACGAGCGUCGAGAGAGGGCACAUUUAUGCGGUGAUCUGGAAGUCUGAGUGAGAGUGAGAGUUGGCGUACGCAG